CCGAUCGGCUCGACCGAUCGUCCGCCACGUAUCCUAUCUCCGUCUUCUCCCCUCAUCUCCAUCUCUUGUCGCGUCUGCUUCCUCCUUCGCUACAGAGGAGGACGACGAUCCUUUCUCGCUCUCAUCCCCUCCCGUUUCUCUUGCUCCGUCCUUAUCGCCAUCGCCGUGAGUUUUCUCACUGAGCGGGCUCUCGACGAUCACAUGCUGGCGCCACAUGUCGACAUCUCCGCAAUUCAACAAGUUCAUUACCCACGAUUCAGUCUGGACCUUCUACGGCUCGCGCAAUUCUUCAGCACUACCGGGGUGUACGAGGCGGCGGAGUUCCGAUUCACAGGCCAUUGUCAAGCGAUCGUGUUGGCAGAAGCGACGGCGGUUCGACGGUUGUCAACCCCAAGAGUUAGCCACGUGUCCACCGUCGUCAUCUUCAGCGGUGACAUUAGUGCGAUCAGCCCUCUGCGACACACGGCAAUCCGGACGACGCUAAGGCAGUGGGGUCAACAGCUGACGGCAGAGUGGAAUCAGUGGCUUACACGCCACGGCGAUAAUCUUAUCCCCAUGGACGACAUCGAAGUCGGAGGGCUCCGAACGUCUCGACACGAGCCGACGGUGGUGCUUCCUAAGCUCCUGACGUGGACGAGGGACAUAGAGCACUGCGCCUGGGUCGCAUACGGGGAACUGUUGAUCAUCCAAGCUUGGAGGACAGAGGUGGAAGGAGACCUCCUCGGAUUUCUAUUUGGAUCGGUGCGGCCCGGCCAUCGGCAACAGAUCGUACAGGAGCUCACGAUUCCCCUCGCGCAGCUGGCCGACGACCUCCCUCUCGAUAUCGUUUUGCAGUGCGACGAGAGCCCGGUCCCGCACAUCCUUUCGCGAACGCUGACGCCUUACUUGCAGUGGUCGGCUUGCCUCGAGGAACUAGCAGGUAACAACAACCCGCCAUCGCAACAACAGUACCUGGACCCCUGGGGGAUAAUCGACCUCGCCUUCUUUCAGCCUCGAACGACCUCCGAAGACGAAGCAAUAACACUAGAGGAAGAGGAGGAAGAGGACGAAAAGGGAAGCGACGAGGAAGAAGAAGAGGAAACCCCAGAAGAAGGAAGUUACAGCGAGCACAGCGAGGGAGAGCAGAGCGAAGAAGAAGAAAAGGAAGAAAAAGAAGAAGAAGAAGAAGAAGAAGAAGAAGAAGAAGAAGAAGAAGAAAAAGAAGAAGAAGAAGAUGAGUUGGAGGAAGAGGAGGAAUCUGAGUGGGAGAUGUUAGGAGAAGAGGCGGAUCGCGCAGAGCCUCAUGAGGAGGAUCCCGAGGCAGCCCGAAGAAGAGAAGAGAUCGCAGCAGGGAAGCAGUCGCUGGAGUUCGCGAGUGGGGUGAACCUGCCAAUCCCGAAUGACCCAGCCAAGGAUCCCGAGCCACCCAAGGGCGACGAUGGGGACCUUGCUGCCGAGACUUCGAGCGCACCGGCCAGACGGCGACGGAGCCGAUCCCCCUCCCCCUCCACCUCAUCCCGUCCACCAGUUCGAGCUCGUACCGAUGCGGGGCAUCGGGCUUCGUCCCCGGUCCUUAUCCCGUCGUCCCCUUGACCACCUCACCCUCCGCCAGAUCACUACCUGCAUCACCUUCCCCUGCAAUCCCUUCCCAAUC